AUGGACGAUAAUUCUAUUCUUUUGAAAGCAAAAAAAGUUGCCGAUCUACAUGGAAUUACUGAUUUCAAGGCUAGCAAUGGCUGGCUCUCUAAAUUAAAGAAACGGAACAAUAUUAAGUUAAGAACUUUUCACGGAGAGUCUUAUAUGACUAACGUAAACUUUGAAGAAGAAAUAAAUUCUUUUAUUUCAGUAAUUUUCACAAAAUUGCAAGAAUAUGAACCUGCAAAUAUUUAUAACGCCGACGAAACAGGAAUAUUCUACAAAAAUAUUCCUUCAAAAAGUGUUUGUCAGAAAAAUCGCCCAGGGCAACAAAUGCUAAAAGACCGGUUUAUUGUAUUUCUUAUAUUUUAG